UACGGGGACGAACCAACUGAGAGGCCGGGGGAGGCGCCGCUCCCACGCGGCCUGGCCUGCGCUCCUCCCUGUGCCCGCAGCCCCAGGAGACCUAGUACACACACCUCCGACUGGCCGGAGAGGACCCUCUCGGUGGCUUUGAGGAACUCCGGGGCGUCAGGAACGGGAUGCCCCGCCCCCCCGGGCGCGAAUGGUCCGGCUCGCGUCCGCCCCGCUGCAGGCUGGUUGCUGUUUGCAUGAUGCGCACGCUGAGCACAAGUCGCUAGGGCCCUGCUGCCCCCGGGGAGUGGGUCCGCGCGCGGUACCCACCGGGUCCGGGGGAUUCCCGGCUGCAGGUUAACGGGGGUCUCGGAUGCACCGCGUGCCGCGGGUGCCCGUACGCCCCGCGUCCCCGCGCCCUUCCCGAGACAUCAAGACCUGGUGGGGACAGGCGCGUGGAGGGGGCGCUGAGAUUGUAUCCGACGCCUGAGAGCCAAGAUGCUUAGCUUUAUAGGUGUAACCUGCACAUGUGACUUCACCAUUUGAAGCCUCAGCUUUGUGAUUCUUGAAAUGGACGUAAUCGAAGCUACUUCACAGGGCUGUUGAGAGGAUUGAAUGAGGCAAUGCUUGUAAAGCUCUUUGCACUAGGGAGCCCUGGAGGCAGGGCCUGGGGGGCAGAGCAUACCAGCUCUCACCCAGGUCCACAGGCAGCAUGAAGACCCCUGUGGAGCUGGCCAUAAGUGGGAUGCAGACCCUCCACCCUCAGCGCCACUGCCGGGGAGGCUACCGGGUCAAGGCCAGGGCGUCAUAUGUGGAUGAGACUCUGUUUGCAAGCCCUGCAGGCACCCGGCCCCCCCCACCAGACUUUGACCCGCCCUGGGUGGAGAAGACUAACAGAACCAAAGGAGUGGGCACAGGGGCAUCUCAGGCCUUGGGGGCCAGAGGGAGCUGUGAGACCACCCCCUCAAGGGGCCGCACCCCAACCCUCACACCAAGGAAGAAGAACAAAUACAGACUGAUCAGCCACACUCCGUCUUUCUGUGAUGAGUCAUUGUUUGGCUCUCGACCUGAGGGCACCAGCUGGGAGGCCCCAGGGAUGGCAAAGGGCGAUGCUGCGAAACUCCGUGCCCUCUUCUGGACACCACCAGCUACUCCCAGGGGCAGCCACUCACCUUGCCCCAGGGAGACACCUCUGCGAGCUAUUCACCCAGCUGGUCCCUUGAAGACAGAGCCCAGGAUAGCGACAGACGCAAGGAAGCUGUCUGUGGGUGGGUUAGACCCUCCAUGUCCUCUGAGGCGGCGUUCCCAUUCCCUCACCCACCUGAAUGUCCCCAGCUCUGGUCAGCCAGCUACCAUUGUCCCCCACACAAAUGGACCUCAGGAUCCCAAGACAUUUGCAUCAGGGGUGACCUUCCAAAGCCCCCUGCUGACUCCUAGGGCUCACUCAGUCAGUGUUUCAGUACCAACUACCCCCCGACGGGGUGGGACCACCCAGAAACCAAAGCCUCCUUGGAAAUGAGGUUCUUUCAUCAGGUUUGCCCAUAGGGGUCAUGGCAAGGGGCAUGGCCCUGGUAGGAGCCCUCUGGGGAGACCAGCAUCUCCUGGGUAACCCCCAGGCAUUGGAGAAGCCCCCAUGAGGGCAGACAUAGCAAGAGUGGGCAGAAUCACCCCUUAUCCUGACAAUCCUGACAAUCUCUAGUUGCUCCCUGCCUUCUCCCGUGAUGUGGAUUUGGGGGCCAUCCCUUAAGAUGCCUUUCUCCGACCCUGUCUUAGCCACACUCCAAAUCAGUGCCAACCUGGGGCCCUCUACCUCCCAGCUGUCCAAAAGAUUGUCUUGCCACCAAGACUGAAUAGUGAUUGCCAACCUGAAGGGUUCCUCCCCCAACUUUUGAGCCAAGCUUCCUGCUCAGGAUUAGUUUCCAGUUGAGUCGAGAGGCCUCAGAAGAGUUUUCCCAGGCUGUGCAUGGCAGGGGAACACAAGGGCAUCUGGGUGGUGUGGGUGAACAUGUUUUCACUUUGAUAGUUAUGUAUGUAUUUUCAUGUAUGAAAUAUA